UUUUUGGGAAAGACGGCGUCGGACUUACUCCAGCUGUGAAAUUGCAGAAUCUAUGAAGCUCACUCUCGAAUUCGGUGGUGGAUUGGAGCUUCUAUGUGACUCUGUAAAGAUCCAUGAGGUGAAUGUUGACCCACAAGCUGAAGAACAGAAGUUAACCAUGAAACACUUGCUCUCGUGGGUUCGCCACAAUCUGAUCAAGGAAAGACCUGAAAUGUUUAUGAAAGGCGAUACUGUGAGACCGGGAGUUCUCGUGCUCGUAAACGACUGUGAUUGGGAAUUAAGUGGUCAGCUCGACACAGUUUUGGAAGAGAAGGAUACUGUGGUUUUCAUCUCGACUUUACACGGUGGAUAAAAAAACGAAGAUAUUACACAGCAUGGUAAAAUUUGAUGGAAAACGAUUAUGUUGCAUUGAUCAUCAUCUUCCGGGAGCUUCUGGUGAUAUGAUUACUCCCUGAACUCUAUGUUUAUUCUUUCAUAUGUACUGAUCCUAUCUGUAUCCAAUUACAUGAAAGAGUUUAGUCUUUGUGUUCAACUAUUUCCCCCAAUUUCCCUUUUUUUUUUUCUCUCAUUUUUCAAGAUCUGUGUAUUCACAAGAAUGUAUAACUUCAAUGGGCCUUGAUACUAAAGUACCGUGAAUGAAAGGUCGAUAUCAAGAAUGUUUGGCCGAAACUGCAGGCUAGAAAUUUGGUAGCUUUCCAAGUCGAUCGUUAUCAACAUAAUUUGUUCCUUUUUUUUUUCUCCAGAUUCGUAUCUUUGGAUGAUGACGACGAAUGUGAUGGUUUUAAUUGUUUUUCAUCUCUCUAGCAACAAUCUAGAGUUGUUAUUUGAAUUUG